AUGCUGGACGAGAAGCGUGAAUCGGACGAGCCGGUCGUCCGCGGCCUUUUUCAUGACGAGUACCCGGUCACCGUCCCACCUCCUCCCGAAGUCCGCAUCUACGGCGCAGACACUUUGACUGCUCGCCGGGCAAAGGCCUGCUACGAGCGCCGAGUCGCCUUUGACACCGUCCCGCCCGACAUCAUCGUCACCACCCCAGAUGUGUACACCACAUACCUGUACGUGUUUACCAAUGUCGAGCCCGUACGUUCUCGUGUUCACUACCCGUAUCGUCUUCGUCUUUUGCCGUUUAGCCCGGCCCCAUGGCCGGGGUGGGAGCUGCCGUACGACUUUGGCGACAUCAUCUCAGCAAAGUCCGAAGCCUCGUUUGCGGCAACGAUGGCCGAAGCGGAGCAGGAAGGCAGGCUGUGGCCCGAAGACAAGACUCCAUCGACGCUCAUCAUUGUCCGUGGCCAGUUUAUGGACAAGCCUGAGCGACUCGAGUCAUUCAACCUGUUGGCCAUGUCUAUGCAUGACGUCGAGAGCCACGACAUCGCCUUUGUCUACGACACCUCAAUUGACGUCACGCCGGAGCGGCUCGAGGAGUUGAGUGUAAGCUAUCCAUGGGCAUUUGGCCCAAAGAGCAAGGUUAUACGCCGCGGCUCGGACAUCAGGGCUCUCUUCUCAGAGUGUAUGCCCAAGCUCAACCUCGACACCCUCCCGUUCACCCUUGCUGGUUCGCCAGGUUGGGUCUUCUCCACCGAGACCUACAUUCCCUUCAUCUUUGGUUGCGCUCCUGACUCGACGUACGAAAUCGAGCUGUUUGAGCGUGAGUACGACUUGUUCUGGACGUUGGAGCUCGACGUCACCUUUACCGGCGCUGACCCAUGGACAGACUUUUUCAAGCGGGUUGAUCUCGACGUCGUCGACCACGGCACUGGUCUCCGCCUUGACAAGCCUGUCGACUUGAUCACCAUCAAGCCGCUGCGGACCACGGCAAAGGACGGUGCAUACCUGUACCACAACACGUAUAUUGAUGGCCCCAUGUUCCGCUACGCUCAGCUCAUCGUGGUGCAGCGGGCCUCGCGUGCUCUGCUCGAGCGCAUCUGGGCUGACGCUGUCGACUGCGGCUUCGCCGGCUACUGCGAGCAAUCACUGCCGACAGCUUGCGGCUUCUGGGAUGACUGCUACGCGGCUUCGCUCUCGCCCCACACGAACCCCAAUAUGAUCUUCUCUCCGUAUCAAUGCGCCGUUCAGGUCAUGCAGCGCGCUCUCGAUGAGAUCACCCAGGCUAGCCAGGGCGUCCCGGCUGAUCAAGUGGCCAACAUCGAGCGGGCGGACCCUGAUCAGUGCGCUGAUGCUGCACGCUACCACUCAGACUACGCAGUUUGGCUUCACAAGUCUGAAGGAUACUCACGCGACCAUGCCAUUAGCCUCAGAAAGGCAUGGUAUGACUUGCACAAUGUGCCUGAAGACAAGCGCUACGAUGUGGGUACAUUGGAGUAA